CAUGUCAUUAUAUUACAUGUGUUACUCUACUCAUAUUUAAUGUGUUGAUAUUUUCUCUCAGCCAUAUUACUAGAUAAAUAGGUUGGAAGAUGCUGAGAAAGAGAAAGAAAUGAGGAAGAAGAAGAAGAUAACACCGUAACUAUGAUUGGAUAGCUUUUAUUUUAUUGGUUCGGACGGUGCCUAUUCCCUUCGCAGAGUUUCAAAGAAUGAAAAGUUGAUGCUGCAACUAUUAGACAUAAAAAAAAAGAAACAAUACAAACGAAAUUUCAACAUUUAUCCUUCUCCGUGAUUUGAUUCCGUGAUUCGAUCGCAAAUAACGUCACUAUCUCUCAGAGACACGUCUACGGUUAAUUUUUCGUUACGAAAGUGCCGUUUACCAUGCCAGGAAGAGAUAUCGGUAAAAAGAAGAUUCGCAUAUGGAUGACAAUAUUAAUUAUAGCCAUUUUUGUGUACAUUAUUCUCAUGUACCAAAUCAAUCCAGAAACCUACAUGAAUAUACUUUCAGGCAGGUGGUUACGAUUUCUUCCAUUUUCAGAUGUUUCUAUCAUAAACCAACAGUCAUAUCAUUUCUCAUACAUUCAUUUGACAAAUAAUUGUUCUGACUCUGUUCAGAUCCUUGUUGCUGUGUGUUCAGCCCCAAUAAAUAUACUGCGUCGAAAUACCAUACGAGAGACGUGGGGUCAAUAUGCUAGGAAUAAUUCAAACUUUAAGAUGGUUUUUUUUGAAGGUGUUACACAUGGUCCUGGUGUUCAAGAUGAUAUUCAUGAAGAAAGUGUAAAAUAUGGUGAUAUUGUACAAGAGAACUAUAUUGAUCAUUAUGCAAACUUAUCUUUAAAGUCAAUUGCUUAUCUACGUUGGGUGAGUUCUUCAUGUAGAAAAGUAAAAUUUGUGUUGAAAACAGAUGAUGAUAUGUAUAUAAAUCUUCCAUUGUUAGAGAAAACACUUAUGAACAUGAAACGUUCUCGGUUUAUCAUGGGUUUACUUUUUAAACAUGUUGCACCAAUCAGAGAUAGUUCAUCAAAAUGGUACACACCCAUAUCAAAAUAUCCAAAGAAUGAGUUUCCUGAGUAUGUCUCUGGGACUGCUUAUCUAAUUUCAGGUGACUUAGUACCAGAAUUGUAUGCAGAAUCAUUUAAUGGAAAGCGCUUCUGGCUUGAAGAUGUUUAUAUAACAGGGAUGCUUGCAAACCGAGUGAAUGCAACAAGAAUAGACAGUAGCAAGUUUACAAUCCAUAACCAACAACACACUGGCUGUACUUACAAAAACAUAAUAAGUGGACAUCAUGUGAUGCCAAGAAAUAUGAAAAUUAUUUAUCAACAAUUAAAAGAUGUAAAUCUUAUUUGCCGUUAAUUUUCUCUUUUAAAAAUAGCAGUUGAAGCUUGCUGAAAUGAACUACAUGCCCUGCAUUCUUGAAUAUCCUUACACCAUAUUCUGAGUUCAAAUCCUGCCAUAGUUGACAUCUUUUAUUCUUUUGAGGAUAUGGUUAAUAAAACAAGUGGUAUUAAUAUGCUGAGGAUCAAUUUUUAAGAAGUUUGCUGAGGAUUCUCUAGAACUUCUUAUCUAAUUUCAGGUGACACAGUACCAGAAUCUUAUACAGAAUCCUUUAAUGAAAAGCCUUGGUCAAUGUACUUGACCAUUAAUCACAGGUCAAAAAUUCAAUUCUCACUGGACAUUUGCUACAUUUUCAUUUUAUAUAUUUUUAUUAAUACUUCAAUCCUUGCCAGCAUUGAAAACAGAUGUUAAAUGAUGAUGAUGAUGAAGGCUCAUUCUUAUGUCAUAUCUAUGUGCUUCAAGUGAGUAAAAUCUGCAAUACAAGGUUCAAUCUGUGGUCAAGCCAUUUCAAUUCACUUCAACCCAUGUAUUUUGUAUAAUAUCCACCCGAAAAAGUAUGUAUUCUGCCAAGAUUGGGUCUCUGACAUAUUAUUCAUGGAUAUUUAAAGACAAACCCUUCAAUGUAGACACAACAAUAUUUAGGUCUACAGAGAAAUGAAAGAGAAAUUUCAUUGUAAAGUUGUCACGAGGAGCACACUAUGAGUACAUCUAAUACCCCCACCUCUGCGCAAUACUUGUUUUUAACUCCAGGCCAACUGAAGUUGAACAGAUAUAUGAUCAGAGAUAUUCCAGCUAUGAGCAUCUCAUCUUUUUAGGACUACCUUAUCUAAUAUGCUUUUAUUUAAGAUGGUAUAAUCUGAUCUGAGAGAUAUUUGAAUGCUAUUUUUAGUUAACUGAGUGACUGUAUAGAAGUUCACUCUUUGACUCAUAAGGAACCAUACAGUGGCUCAAACAGAUACUAUUUAUUGAACAGUUGAGAGGAGAAAAAAGCUAAAAGAGAGAAAAAAACAUCCAGAGGUGGGGGUAUUAGAUGUACUCAUAGAAGUGUGCUCCUCGUGACAACUUCACAAUGAAAUUUCUCUUUCAUUUCUCUGUAGACCUAAACCUUCACAACCAUUACCACAUUUUCUUUCUCUCUGAUACUGUUAUUACAACCUUCAUUCACCAAUAAUACAUUACAGGGAUCUUUGGGGUUUGACGGGCAACAUGUUUUUUGUAGUGUUUUUGGUACCGAAACACUUUCAAACUUCGAAUAUUUGUAUAUUUUGUGGUAUAGAACAGAUAAAAAAUUUUGUAUUCGAAAUUAUUUUAUGUAAAAAAUUGUCGUAUUUCGGUAAUUUCAACCAAUCACUGACGUCUAUUGAGGUGAAAACAAUUAAUGCCGUAACGGUGUCAUGGGAUCUUUUCCUUUGAAUAAAAUUAGUCCCGUUGUUGGUCAACAACCACCCGUGUUACUCUUAUUUAUGACAUCGUUUGUGCUGGUUUUAGGGUUAGGGUUAGUUUUAGGAUUACGGUUAGGGUUAUGAUUAUUUUUGCCAUAACCUUAACUCUAACCCUAUAAUUCAUAACCAUAACCCUAACCCUAAAACCCGAACCCUUACUAGGGAAUAAUGAUAUAAUUAAACAGGGAAUAACACACUUGACACCGAACAGCAGUAAUUGUAUUCAGCUGAAUAGACGUCAGUGAUUGGUUGAAAUUACAGAAAUACGACAACUUUAACAUGAAAUAACUUGCGAUGUACAAAAUUUUGUUAAGAAGGUUAAGAGAAGAAGUUGUUUUAUAUGACACAUUCUACCAGUGUCCCAAGUUUGAAAGUGUUUCGUUAAGAAAACAAAUGUUACCCGUCAAACCCCAAAGAUCCCAUUACAGUACUACCAUAUCUUUCUAUCACAGAUACUGUUACUACAACCUUCACCCAUUACAAAAUUACUACAGCCUCUGUCUAUUUUUCUACCACUACAUUGUUCCUAUCCAUACUUUUUGUAAUUGAACAAUUAAAUUGAAAAGAAGUUAUAUUUUAUCAAAAAUUAAAAUUAUUUUAUACAAAACAA